ACACACAGUCACACAGUGACACAGACACAGCCACACGGUUUGACCCAUUUUAAUUAAUGCCAUGCAUUAAAAGAUUCUGGUUAGCCUUUUCUUGUCCUUUUUAGCAAAGAAGACUCUGCAAACUGCAAAGAAAGAAAUUAAUUAAGAAACAAAUCUUCCACAGACUGAUUACAGAAAGAAAGAAGAUUAGAUUAUGAGCCGUUCUUGUUGUACAAAAGUUAGUACUACUAAAUUACUACUGUCUAAUUGUCAAAAACUGCUAAAACCCAAUAUUUUUCUCAGGCUUAAAGACAAUGGGUCCAGCUGUAAGCUUCAGUUUAGUCACAAGUCUGUUUUAGAGAGACAAAAAAUGUGUUAGAAAAUUUUUUUGUUUGGAGGUUUGGCAGUGAUACACAGAGAGAAAGGGUAACCCAAAAAGCUCUUCUUUUGUGGGCUUUCGGUUUUGGGUGUCUCAGAAAAGUGGAUUUGAUUUGUUCUUAUUUUCUGGCCUUUUUCUGUUGAGUUUAUCUUGUAGUUGAUUCGUUUUGUUCUUUGUCUUCAAUCCCUGUUUUGGAUCGGAUUUGAAGAUUUGUGAGCUGGGUUUGGCCUUUGAUCUCUGUAUUUGGAGAGGGAUUAUUCAUUUUGGUUUUUGUUUCUGGUUCUUGAUUCUUGAUUAGAUUUUACAUGUGAUACUGUUUAUCUUGGAAUGGACCAAACAAUUGAGAGGUCCCCAAACGCAAACAGAGGCUUCCGAGUUCAAGCUCCACUGGUUGAUUCUGUAUCAUGCUAUUGCAAGGUUGAUGCUGGCUUAAAAACAGUUGCUGGGGCAAGGAAAUUCGUUCCAGGUUCCAAACUUUGCAUUCAACCUGAUAUUAAUCCGCGGGCACACAAGACUAGGAAUUCUCGCAGGGAGAAAACUCGUGUACAGCCUCCCCUCAUUCCUGGACUUCCUGAUGAUCUUGCCAUUGCCUGCUUGAUCCGAGUCCCUCGUGUUGAGCACAACAAGCUUCGUCUAGUUUGCAAAAGAUGGUACCGUCUUCUAGCUGGAAAUUUCUUUUACUCUCUGAGGAAAAGUCUUGGAAUGGCAGAAGAGUGGGUCUAUGUAAUAAAAAGGGACCGUGAAGGACGGAUUUCAUGGCAUGCAUUUGAUCCGACCUACCAACUUUGGCAGCCACUUCCUCCUGUUCCAAUAGAGUACAGUGAAGCCCUUGGAUUUGGCUGUGCCGUUCUUAGUGGGUGUCACCUGUAUCUUUUUGGAGGGAGAGAUCCUCUAAAGGGUUCUAUGAGACGGGUAAUCUUUUAUAGUGCUCGGACAAAUAAAUGGCACAGGGCACCUGACAUGCUACGUAAGCGUCAUUUUUUUGGCUCUUGUGUUAUCAAUAAUUGUCUUUAUGUUGCUGGUGGUGAGUGUGAAGGAAUCCAAAGAACUCUUCGUUCAGCUGAAGUUUAUGACCCUAACAAGAAUCGGUGGAGUUUUGUUGCUGACAUGAGUACUGGAAUGGUCCCUUUUAUUAAUGUAGUUUAUGAUGGGAAGUGGUUCUUGAAGGGAUUGGGCGCUCACCGGGAGGUUUUGAGUGAAGCCUACAUCCCUGAAACCAAUACAUGGACUUCAGCCCAUGAUGGGAUGGUGCCUGGUUGGCGCAACCCAAGCAUCUCUAUGAAUGGAAAACUUUAUGCUCUAGAUUGCCGUGAUGGUUGCAAGCUUAGGGUUUAUGAUGAAUCUGCGAAUUCUUGGAUCAGAUUCAUGGACAGCAAGCUGCACCUAGGUAGUUCACGUGCUUUGGAGGCUGCUGCUCUUGUCUCCCUUAAUGGGAAGCUCUGUAUAAUUCGAAACAAUAUGAGCAUUAGCAUGGUUGAUGUCAUGAGUCCUGAUAAACGAGUAGAGAAUAAUCCUCAUCUAUGGGAAAACAUUGCAGGUAGAGGUCAUAUAAGAAAUUUGUUCACGAAUUUGUGGUCAAGUAUUGCUGGACGGACUGGUUUAAAGAGUCACAUUGUGCAUUGUCAGGUGCUUCAAGCAUGAGAAAGGCCUUCUAAUACUGGUACUGCCUAUCUUAUACGUAAUGAUUUUUCAGAAAAGCAGAUGCAGUUUGUCAAGGAAAGACUAUUCGUUGUAUUCUUUUCAAAUCAAAUCAUUGAUUCAACUUUCUUGAACUUUGUGGUGGUUAUACAUUUUUUUCGAAGAUGGAUCUGUCAUGAGUGUAAUGACCUGCAUCUUUGAAGGGAAUGGUGCUCACAUCCAGAAGAGUUCUUCCAUUUAUAUUCCCUACUUGUUUUUCUUGAAAAAGGAAUACGAAAGAGACUUCAUUUAUGACAUGGUGCAGAUUUCUUCAACUAGUUAUGAGGCCAUUUAUUUAGUUCAAUUAUGAGGUGGCGGAGCAGGUAGAUUUUUGACUUUGUACACAUUUUUCUUCUGGUUUGGAUAAGUGGGAGGAGUUAGUACAUGAUCUCAUGUUGUUUAGGUGAUAGAAUUGGAUGAUCCUUUGUGAAUAUUGAUAUUAGGUUGUCAAACUCUGAUGUUGUUUUACAUCACGUCUGUUAUAUGAAAUUUAUUUCCUUUUGGUGGACUGAAACUGCUGUUUUGCUUUCUUCCUCCUUUCCUAUUCUUUUGAAUUAAAAGUUUCU